UGCAUAAAUGUAAAGGCGUAUUCACACCUGAAUGGUCUAACCUAAUCACAUCAUCGACAUUUCCUCGUUUAAAAAGUUUAAAUAUUUCAACCAAUUUCCCCUACGAGACAUUCAAAGCCAUUCUUUGUCAAUCUAAUAAAAGCAUAGAAACAAUCAUAAUUGGUCAUGCAGCAUUCGGGACAACAGAAGAAACACGUGAUGUACUGUCAAUAAUUGCGGACAAUUGUCCAAAUUUGCAAAAGCUUCAAGCAUAUUUCCUAAUGGAAGAAUUGGACUACGUUACAGAUUUAUUCGAAUUCUGUCCGAAUUUAAAAGAAUUGAAUCUUCUUGGAUCACUAAUCUCUCAACAGCCGAAACAUCUUCUCACUCAAUUAUAUCAAUUAAUGGCAAUAACAUCAGAACAUUUACACAAACUUGAAAAUCUUCGAUUAAAAGUCUCUGUACCAUAUGAUUCUGCCAUUUAUAAUUCAUUACUGAAAACCAUGCCUGAAACCGCGAAAAUCGAAAUUUACAACUGUUCCUGUUACGGCGGUAACCAUUUAGACGUGAUGGUUGAGUGUAUGGCUAGCAAACUAAAAUCUAUACAUUUUCAGAUACAUGAGAGACCAAUUAAAACAUGGGAUAAAAGACUUUUAGGGUUUAAUUUGCAAAAAAUAACAUAG